AUGCAAGCUUCCCCUUUGUCACUUCGGAGCCACGGCCUCGCAGAGUACGAGGACGUCGUCGGCUUGGUGGAAUACCUCUUCCCUGACGCCGCCCUCCCACUUGCCGCAAGCACCCUCGUCAACUCCUUCACCCAUAAUGAUGAGAUCUAUUCACCCAGCUCGCAAGCCUGGAAGGGGUACCCGGUAUCCUUCGAUCGAGGACAGCACGCGGCGGAGCUAUGUGUGUUUUUGAACAUGAUAGGGAGGAGGUUGCGGGACAUUUGCGCGGAGUCGAGGAUGCCUGUCGAUGAAAGGAUAUGGACCCUCCAAAAGAUCGACUACAGUAACAAUAAUUGGACACCAGAGCUCGAGCUCGUUCCAAUCGAUGGACCGUCCAAGCCAACACUCGCCGGUGCCCGCCUGUUCCUCCGGUCGUACCGCUCAGCAUUCAAUGGGGCUGCCAGGGUGUUCAAAGCCCAAGAAGACCGCCAGUUCUACCUCUGUGCUCAGUUUGACGGACCCCAAGUCCGUUUACUGUACUACGACCACCAGAGAUUCGCGUCUUCCGAGCUGUUUAACGCCCACCAAGAUACUCUUCGAUUCAUACGGAUGCUGGCUGGACUGACACUUGGCUCCUAUCGCAUGCUUGGCCAGUCACCCUUCAUUGUGUAUGAAGAUGACCACAGGGUUCUGAAGGGGUGGAACCCAGCCCUGGAAUGCCGUGUUGUAAAGACGCUGCACCCAUUAUCCGACACGAAGAACUCGAGUGUGGCAGGGGCAAACGAGGAGCGGGAGAGAGAUAUUCCAGGAGUCCCGCAGGUGCAAGCAAUCGAGGUGUUGACGAGUAGCAAGGAUUCGAUCUUCCUCCUUCUAUCGAAGAAACCCACGCCUGCUCGGAAACCUCAACCACUGAUGCUUCGCCGGAUAACGAUGGUGCCAUGCGCGGACGCUCUCCUGUCGUAUCGAGACAACCUGGAGUUGCUGUCUGUCUUCAUGGACACUAUUCAAGCUCACCUAUAUCUGCUCGAAGGUUGCAACAUCCUUCAUCGAAACAUAAGCGUCUGGAGCAUCAUGAUGUUUGAUUCCUCGAGAUACCUGGACCUGGUCUCCUUGCAGCAUUGCGUCCUCAAGCCAUUGACCAAGAGACUCCUCCGAGCGGGACUUCUGACGAGCUUCGGUCACGCUAUCCAGCUUCAGGACGAUGUCCACAGUGCCUCCGAUCCUAACUGCCUCCACGGCGACUACACAUCCGUCGCAGUUGAGCUGCUCGUGCAAGGCCCAAAGUGUCCUCAUCAUGUCAGACACGACCUCGAGUCAUUCUUUUGGACGUUUUGCGUUGUGGGUACACCGUCCACUGACGCAAUUCUCCGCAUCCUUGGUCAAGGAGAGCACAUAAACAAGGCCAAUGGAGCAGCAAGACAGGUCGGUAUACGAAAGUGGGGGAUGGUGUGCAAUGAAAGCGCAUUCCGGGCCACGCUUCUCGCCCAUUUCUUGCCACGAUUCGCUCCGCUGCGACCCCUUGCUUGCAAAUUGCGCGAAUUACUCUUUGGGGACGGUAUUGCGACGUCUUCAACAGGUUUGGGUCAGGACGUGACACAUGAUGAUAUGAUUGAUGCUUUUAAAAGCGUGGUGCAAGUCUUGUUGAGGGAGGUCGAAGAGGAGGAACGGGUAACGGGCAGAGACGCACUCACCACAGAUCCCGACGCAUGA